GUUAGGUAUCCCAACGAGACGAAUAUCACUACUGUUUUAUUAGUCUCAGUCUCGGUUUUUCGCUACUCCAUUUGCGACUUCACUUCACGUGGAUCACAACACAAUACUAUUGACAUUGCUUUUCUUCACUCUUCACUCUUCACUCUUCCCAUCCCCAUUUGCUUUUCCUGGGGUUUAAUUUUAAUUGUUUAGUUCUCACUUCUCACUCACGUAAAAAACACUUCCUUUUUUCACAACCUAAUCUAACCCUUAUGAAGGGGUUUAACACAGUUUGUUGGGCAAUGUACACGAGUUGUUGUAAAUCUUCUUGUACUUGAGUUUAAUUCCGGCGAAUAAAAAAACCCUAAUCCAACCCUUCGCUCUGCUCUCACUUCAGCUUGUUCACACCAAAUGGAAGCUGUUUGUCUUCACUGUGGCGACAGAGGCUUUCCAGAGACAUUGGUUUUUUGCACUGAGUGUAAGGCUUAUGCGUUGCAUAGGUACUGUUUAAAGGGGCCUGUGGUUUUUACUGAUGCUGUUACAUGGUUUUGUGAGGAUUGUGCAACAAAGCUUGGGGUGCCACCUGCUCUUGACCAAUCUACACCUAUCUCAUCUGUAUCAAGAAACAAUUGCAUUCAGAGAGUGAAAAAACACAAUAAACAGCGAAAAAAGAAGCUUAAAAAGAAGCAGAAGAAAGGAAAAGCUAACUCUAGCUUAGUUGCUAAAACAAAGGAAGUGUUAUCUGGUUGUCACAUUUCACCUGAGCCUGAGCAUCCUCAAUGUAGUAACAGAGGUGAAGAAUGUGAGAUGAAAGAUGAAUGUGGACCAGCUCCAAGGGAUGUAGCUAAUUUUGAUGUAGGUGAAGAAGAAAGUGUGGCAAGGGAUUUAGCUAAUUCUGAUGAAGGUUUCAAAUCUGUUCCAGUUUCUCAAGGAGCUACCGAUAAUGAUUCAGGUUGUGUAGAAUUAGAUGGUCAUGUUUAUGCACACCCUACUAUUGAUCCAAUCUGGAGGGGAAGUAUGUACUUCUGCAAUGAAACUAAUGGUACUGUCAAUGGAGUUCUGGCUCAUAUGUCCAAUUUAGCGUGCUCCAAAGUUGCGGAGGAGACAGGACAUUUCCCAGAAGUGCUUCAUGCUGAAUUGCUUCCCAGAGAUAAGGUGUGGCCUGAAAGUUUCAAGAGUAGGAGGCCAACUGAUCAGGACAUUGCUCUUUUUAUCUUUCCAGACACUGAAGGAUCUGAAAAGGACUUUGAUAAGCUGGUUGAAGAUAUCAUGAUCAAUGAGCAUGUCAUAAGAAUUGUGGCUAAAAAAGCAGAGCUUUUAAUUUUUCAUUCUAUCGAGCUUCCAAUCCAAUAUUGGAGAUUUGAAGCCAAGUAUUAUUUGUGGGGUGUCUUCAGAAGAAAGCAAACUUCAGAAGAGACAAAUGAUGCUGUGUACAGAGAUUGACAAGGCUCUUGUUUAGCUUAACCAUAGACAUAGUUCAUCUAAUACUUUGAGCAAUAGUGGUAGUACCUAUGAUUCUAAUGCAUAGUAGUCCUUUGCUUAUACUCACUGAUAUAUUAAUAACUAAUCAUAUAAUAAAAGCAUGAUGGGAAUUAGAGUGAAUAGAAUGUGGUGAAAGCAAGAGUUAGGAAGGGAAAGUUUGAUAAACUAGAGAUGGAAAAGAUGCUACAGGUGGGGCUUCCUUGUGUGCUCUCUGACUAUGAGAAGAGGCCAAGUGUAAGAGAUGCGACCAGAAUUCUUGUAAAGGAAGCACCAUUUCCUUUUUUGCCAACCAGUAAACCAAGAAUGAGAAUUAGGCCUCUUUGUCCUGAUGAUACACCCGAAACACAGAAUGUUGUUGCAGAUUGGCUCAGCACAGAUGAGGCUCUAGAAGCCAGUUUUGCUAAGAUUUUGUUCAUUCAAUUCAGAUUAUUUUAGAUUCUUGAUUUGUGAGAAAACAUAGUGUUCUAGAAUCUGAGCCAGAAGGAAAAGUACUUUUUUUUUUCAAUAACAAUAAAAGCAAAAUAAAUGCAAUUCACGUUUAAAAAC